UUAUUCAUUCAUUCUUAUUAUCCACACGACAUUGUGGCGGCAAACCAAACCACCGUGCCUUAUCCACCUAAGUCCCAAGUCCUAACCAACCUCACCAUUUUAGCUACGGUCUCAGUUCAGUUUUGUUAGUUGCUCAGAUUAUCAGAGUUGUGGUUAGCCAUGGCUUCUCUUUCAAACUUAAAGCCUGUUAGUGCUUUCACUGCCAACUAUCGUCCAAAAUGCUCCAAAACCAUCCCCCGCAAAAUUAAAUGGGGUGUCGUCAGAGCUUCCUCUGCUGCUCCUGGUGUUGACCUCAACACUCUCCAAUCUGCCAUUGCUAAGAAAGAUAGUAAUGCUGUUAAAGAGGCACUUGAUCAGCUGAAUGAAGUUGGUUGGGCCAAGAGAUGGAGUUCUCAGCCAAAUGUCUCACGUCGGAUGACAUCUCUUCGGGAGCUGACAACUCUCGGAAUAAAAAAUGCUGAGAACCUUGCAAUCCCAAGUGUCAGAAAUGAUGCAGCUUUUCUUUUCACAGUGGUGGGCACAACAGGUUUUUUAGGUGUUCUUGCUGGUCAGCUUCCUGGGGACUGGGGCUUCUUUGUGCCUUACUUGAUUGGGAGCAUAUCAUUGAUAGUUUUGGCGGUGGGAAGCACUGCCCCUGGGCUUCUUCAGGCUGCUAUUGGUGGCUUCUCUUCAUUUUUUCCUGAUUAUCAAGAAAGAAUUACUAGUCAUGAAGCAGCUCAUUUUUUAGUUGCUUAUUUGCUUGGCAUUCCUAUUCUGGGCUAUUCACUGGAUAUUGGAAAAGAGCAUGUCAAUCUCAUUGAUGAAAGGCUGGAAAAACUCAUAUAUAGUGGGCAGAUUGAUGCCAAGGAACUAGACAGGUUGGCAGUUGUAGCAAUGGCAGGACUAGCUGCAGAGGGUUUGAAAUAUGACAAAGUGGUUGGUCAAUCUGCUGAUCUUUUCACCCUUCAGAGAUUUAUUAACAGAAGCAAGCCACAGAUUAGCAAAGAACAGCAACAAAAUCUUACAAGAUGGGCUGUUUUGUUAGCUGCAUCCCUCUUAAAAAAUAAUAAGGUGAUUCAUGAAGCCCUUAUGACGGCAAUGUCAAAUAAGGCAACUGUACUAGAGUGCAUUGAAGCAAUCGAGAAAGCCGCAUAGUUUCUAAGACCAGAAUCCUUGUGAAAAUUCACUUUUGCAUCAGACUUGAACUUCCUAAAUGCAGCUUGAUUAUUCUUGUCCCCUCAUAAUUCUUGCAAUGACAGUAAUCAAGAUGAUUUACAGUCGUACCUUUUCCUGCUACGCUACAGGAUAAUCAUUCUCAAUCAAGAGAGUGAAAAGUUAUGAAACAUUUGUAACGGUAUAGUUUGCAUGAUAACCACUGCCUAUGGUACCAGAUUAAGAAACCACACCUAAACGAACCUUUUUUUAUUUAUUUAUAAUAGAUAUGAAGUUAUGAA